AGGAGUCUACAAGAAUGUAAAUAUCGAGAUAAGAUGGCGUCUACUUCCUCUGGUAAAACACCUAAAGGAAUCUUAAAACAGACUAAUUCUUUGGAGGAUCAGAGUGUGGAGGUGCAUUUUGAUGAAAUGAACAUUUUACAAACAUACCAUCCAGCAAACAAAGAUUAUGGUCAUAUGAAGAUAAAUGAACCUCCAACACCUUACAGUUAUUCUUGUGAAGAUUCUGAUACUGAAUCCAAUGAAAAACUAGAUCCAAAAAAGUUGGCUGAAAAAAUGCAAAAUGUUGAACCAACGUCUAAACAUGAAUCGUAUGACAGAAAUGAAAGCAGUUCUGAUGAAGAUACGGAUCUGACAGAAGAAGAAAGAAAAUCAAGGAAAGUUUUCAAAGAUAAACGAAAGAAACAUUAUAACGAAUUUGGAAAUGUAAAAUUAGCUCGUGAUCUUAUUGCAAAAGAAUUGGCAGAACUUGAGGAUGACGAUUGAUUAUGUAAACUUAAUGGUUUUUACAACAUUUUCUUUAUUUUCACCAUUAUCUUGCAUUGAGAAUAAGAAGACUUGAUGAUGACAGAGUAUGAACACUUCAUUAAAACGAAAGGAAUAUUUAAACUUUGUUAAUCAUUCUAAAGAUUACGACAGUGUAUCUUUUCUCUCUCGAUAGUCAUAAAAUAUCUUGUAUAGUAAAUCGAUUAAAUACUGUCUUCAUCCUAUUGAUGUAUACAAGUUAGAAGUUAACAAUACCAUAACUUCUACUGUGAGUGCAACUUUAUUUUACUUAAUGUAAUAUUGUUCACAUUUAAUAUAUGAGGAGAAAAUUUUGAAAAAUAACAUCUUAAUUUUACUACAAUGGACUAAACAGAAUUGUUAAAAUGA